UUAUACUUGGCCAAUCCUCUCCUUCUCCACCAAUCACAACAAAGCUAGCUAACUCACAGUAACAAGUUCGUAACAUCAUCCAAAGUUUCAAACCAUUCACCAUGUCACUCAUCCCCAGUUUCGGACGGAACAGGAGCAGCAACAUCUUUGACCCCUUUUCCCUAGAUCUCUGGGAGCCCUUCAAGGAUUUCCCAUUCCCUUCUUCAUCGCUCUCUGCUUUCCCCGAACUCCCUCGCGAAAACUCGGCUUUUGUCAACACCAGGAUCGACUGGAAGGAGACCCCGGAAGCCCAUGUGUUCAAGGCUGACAUUCCUGGGCUGAAGAAAGAGGAGGUCAAGGUGGAGGUCGAAGACGACAGGGUGCUUCAGAUCAGUGGAGAGAGGAAGAUAGAGAAGGAGGACAAGAACGACACUUGGCACCGGGUCGAGCGGAGCAGCGGCAAGUUCUCGAGGAGGUUCAGGCUUCCUGAGAAUGCCAAGGUUGAAGAGAUCAAGGCUUCUAUGGAGAAUGGGGUUCUCAGCGUGACGAUUCCUAAGGCAGAGAUCAAGAAGCCUGAUGUGAAAGCCAUUGAGAUCUCUGGUUAAAAUUUCAGAGAUUUACAUCACCUUUACUAAUUCUCUGUUAGUAUGAAUAUUGUGAGUACCAAAUAAAGAGCGUAUUAUGAGUGUGACCAAGUAUCAUUGUGUUGUAAUAUCAUGUAUUUGAGAAUCUAAUAUUUAAACUUGUUUUGCUAA